GGUAUCGAAAUAUACGAAUCAAACAACGACUUUCUGGGCCAAUACGAGACCACAUUAGCCGAGAUAGUGGCCCACCAGGGGCGCCAAUUUAUGGCACCCCUAUCGGGGGUCAAGGGUCACAAAAAUUGCGGACAUAUUGUACUAGUAGUGGAAGAAGUGGCCGAAUGUAAACAAAAGUUACACAUGAGUUUCCGGGCGCAGGGGCUCAAAAGGACCCGGUUUUGGACCCGACUGGACCCGUUCCUGGUGUUUGGCAGGGCUAACGAGGACAGCACGUGGACAGUCGUCCAUAAGACUGAGUGUUUGCAUAAAAAUUCUCGCCAUAACAAGGAGUGGCAACCGAUGGUCGUGAGAGCCCAGACACUGUGUAAUGGGGAUUACGACCGGGCCAUUAGGGUAGAAGUUUAUGAUGAUCGCUUUACCGGCCAGCAUAAGCUGGUGGGCAGUUGUUUUACGUCGUUGCGUAAGCUGCUUAAAGGACCUGGUGCAGAUAAUUGUUAUGAUGUUAUAAACAUUAGAAAACAACACCGAUCGAGUUCGUACCGUAAUUCCGGGCGUAUAAUACUGAGCAGCAUUCAAGUGGAGGAGGAACUGUCAUUCCUGGACUAUAUCCGCAAUGGAACUGAACUGCACUUUGCGGUGGCCAUAGACUUGACGGCGUCUAACGGUGACCCCCGGGACCCAAACUCGUUGCACUAUUUUGACUUUCACGGCAAACCCAACUGCUAUGAGAUAGCCCUGAGAGCUGUCGGGGAGAUAAUCUCCGUUUAUAACCGAAAUGGUGUAUACCCAGCGUACGGAUUUGGCGCAAAAAUACCACCGCUAAACACGGUAUCGCAUCAAUUCCCGAUCAACGGCAACCCAACCCAACCGUACUGUUCGGGUAUCGACGAAAUCCUGCGCCACUACCGGACAACCCUGUCGUCGGUCACGCUAUACGGGCCGACAAAUUUCGCGCCCGUAAUCAACAACACGGCCGGCAUAGCCCGUCAAUUCCAAACGGGUCACAACUAUUUUGUCUUGCUAAUAAUCACCGACGGUAUUAUUAGUGAUAUGUACGCCACCAAAGCGGCUAUAGUGGCCGCGGCGUCGCUGCCCCUGUCCAUCAUUAUCAUAGGCGUAGGCAAUGCCGACUUUGAGGCCAUGGAUGAGUUGGAUGGCGAUGAGGUGCGCGUGUCGGUGGAUGGGAGAUUUGCCGAAAGGGACAUUGUCCAGUUUGUCCCGAUUAAUAGGUUUCUGUCGCGUGCGGGCCCGUCGAUUAGAUCCCAGGCCGAUUUGGCCCGGGAGGUGCUCUAUGAGAUACCCGACCAGUUGACUGGUUAUAUGAAAAGCAGGGGUUUUAAGCCCGGAUCUGGGGGUCAGCAUAAAAGUGCCCGCGAGUGA